AUGUCGACGGCGGGCUCCAACGCUUCUCCACCGCCGCGCACGCAGAAUGCCCAGCACACGCGCACCUACCAGGCCUGCAUCCCGUGCAGACGCAGGAAGGUGCGAUGCGAUCUUGGCCCGGUAGAUAACCCACACGACCCGCCCUGCGUGCGAUGCAGGAGGGAGAGUAAGGAGUGCUUCUUCUCUGCGACACGCCGGAAGCGCAAGGCCGACGGCGAGGACGACUAUGACGAGGUCGACGACUACGAGCUGCGCAAUGGCCGGAAGCGCCAGCGCUCAGAUGGCCUGCCGGAGCCUCUGAUCACCACGACGACCAACCCGGCGUACAUAUCGCAGCCCCUGACCCCAGGCGGCUCCAUCGGACGGUACGAACCGCUGCGACGGCCGAACACGUCGGGCGGCCACCAGCCCACGCCCAACGAGGAAGAGGACCAGAAGGUGAACAACGAGACGGUCGCGACGCUGCAGGCGGGCGAGGUCUACAGCGGCCACGAUGCGCUGAACCUGCUGUUCGAGGCGGCGGGCAUGAACAAUCACCACCGCACCGGAAGCAGCUCGAGCAUGCAGCGACCGACGCUCGGCAGCACACCCGGCUCGCAGACCAACUUCGCAAGCCCCCGGCCCAACACAUCCCAUGCGCGCGCCAACUCGCGCGCCACCGUCGAGCCCUCGGUCGAUCCGGCUAUACAGCAGCCCAUGCUGCCCGACCCGCCGAACGAAGCUGCCUUCGCCGACGCUGUGAGAGCCUGGUCAAAGUUCCGCUUUGUGCGCGCAGGGUGGCUCACGGCAAAGGAGGCAAUCGCAUACAUCGACUACUUCUACGCCUUCCUAUCGCCGCUCACACCAAUCGUCGUGCCCGACUACCGCGAUCAUGCCUUUCACGCGAAGCUGCUUAAGGAGGAGCCCAUGCUGGUCAUCACGCUGUUGACCAUCUCGGCGAGGUAUUCACAACCGAGCGGCUCGAGCGGUGUUGGCGCAACGUCUCGGUCAUACCUCAUCCACGAGAAGCUAUGGAAGUACCUGCAGGGUAUGAUAGAUCGCAUGAUCUUCGGACAAGAGCAGUUCGGCGGCGGCUUCUGUGGCGCAGGCCAGCAGCCUGGAUCCGACGUGAACCCUCUGUCGCGGAAGGGCCUUCGUACACUUGGCACUGUCGAGAGUCUGAUGCUACUUACCGAAUGGCAUCCUCGCGCGCUGCACUUCCCUCCUGGCGAUGACGACGACGAGCUCGUUCUCCCCGAUGACCCCUACGAGGCAGGACCGAAGGCUGAUAUGUACAAAGGCGUGGGUGAUAAGCGCAUCGACAGUUGGCUGGAGCCGUGCUGGCGCAGUGACCGCAUGUGCUGGAUGCUGCUGGGCAACGCCAUGACGCUCGCGUUCGAGAUUGGUGUCUUCGACGAGACGAACGAAACCGAGUUCGAAGAGGCAAAUCAGCACCUCUCGCAUGCGACAGUGAAGGCCUACUACCGGAGGAAGAACCAUCUCCGCGACUUGCUUAUCAUAUACGUCACCCAGACUAGUGGCAGACUGGGUCUCACCUCCAUGCUUCCGAAGCUUGAGCGGGAUGAGAACCUGGUCGGCGGCCCCUCACCACUUGAGCUAUACAAGGAGCGCAUCAGUCGCAUCAAGGCUCCUCCAGCCCAAUUUGGAAUGCGCUCAGAUGGCCAGCGCCUUCCGCUUGAAUCCAUCGCUACACAGGAGCGCCAUGCUGUCCAAGAUCUUGUGCUCGACUUCUGGGCCCGCAUUGCCAAGGUCAUGGAGAUGGGUAACCUGAAAUUGUUCUCCAAUCGACGGAAGACCAGAGAGCUGCUCAAGUCGGGAGGCUACGAGGAGAUGCUAAAGUUCUUUCAAGGGCCAUUGGUGGAGUGGAGGAAAUGCUUCGACCGAGCCCCUCAAGUUCCGGCGCAACUCCGCCAUGUCCUCAUCAUCGAGUUUGAGUAUACGCGCGUAUAUCUCAACUCGCUCGCUCUCCAGGCGGUGGUAGAACGCUGCACACACAACACUCCGCUACAGACACAUGCUCAGCCCAACGGCAUGAACGGACGCACUCCAAACAGCAACGGCAACGGCAACGGCACCGGUAACGAUGACGGCGGCGCUAUUCCCUUUAGUACACUCGUCAAGUGGUACGCGAACGAUCGCCACUACAUCAACGAAGUCAUCGAUGCGUCACGCAACGUACUGAAAGUCGUGGUGGAGGGUCUACAUCCUGGUGGCUAUCUACGGCAUGCGCCAGUGCGCACGUUCUUCCGCAUCGUCAGUGUGGCCAUAAUACUGCUCAAGACAUUUGCGUUGGGCGCAACCGAAGAAGACGUGGCCGUCAGCCUUAGCCUGCUCAGCGACUCAGUUGAUGCCCUACGAACGAGCAUAGUCGACGAUGUGCACGUCGGUAACCGCUUCGCUGACCUCGUCGAAACCCUGACCCACCGCAUCCGUUCGCGCUUCGUGCGCCUUGCUGCCAACGGCUCGAGUGGCAUAUCCCGCGCUGGGAGCAAGAGCCCGAACCAGGCACCAUUGAUGCCUCCGCCCGCUCCACUCAACAACACCAACCACCUUGCACCGGCAUACAUGGGAUCACAGCAAACAGGAUUUUCUGGUACUGGUACCAGCGUGCCCGGCUCCCCUAGCAUGGGCCUCGGUGCAAGUGGUCGCGCGACACCUCUCUGGGGUAUUUCGGCCGAACCCUACGACCCCAACAGCAACUCCAUCAGCAUCAUGCCGCCGCCUGGCAACUAUCAGAACUACCAGAACAACAAUACAAAUAACAACAACUCCAACGGCAAUAACAGUACCAACUGGAGUCAGUGGGCGAAUAGUGGUGCGAGCUGGGGCGCUGGGCAAGAUCAGGAUUGGCUUGCACUGCCACUUGAUCCUUUGCUGGAUCAGUGGGGUGCGGAGAUCAACCAGACGGCCAUGGGACCGGAUAUCGGUGGUAUGGACAUGUUAGAUAUCCUUUUGAACAUGGGCGGCCCGCCGGGUAGUGCUUAG